GGGGAAGCCCGAGCGCCCGGCGGCAGGAAUCGCUCGCCUGUGCCGGUGCAGGGGGCGGCUCGGCUGGGCUCGGCAGCCCCGCCUGCGCGGCGCCGCAGGGGUUAAGCGCCCCCGCUGCCGGCGGGAUCGCUGCCGGCGGGGAGCGGGUUAAGCGCCUGGCGGCGACGGCUCCGCCACUCGGCUCCGCACCGCGCUCCGCGCCGGAGCCCAUACAGCGGGAAGAUGGCGACGGAGGGAGCGAGCGGCGAGCCGGGCUCUGGCGGGCGGGAGGACUCGGCGGCCACGGCAGCGACAAGAGAGUUUGAUGUGGAUAACCUGAGCAAGCCAGAGCUGCGAAUGCUUUUGAGUGUGAUGGAAGGAGAACUAGAAGCACGAGACCUUGUGAUCGAAGCCUUGCGGGCUCGGCGCAAAGAAGUUUUUAUCCAGGAGCGAUAUGGAAGAUUUAAUUUGAGCGACCCAUUUCUGGCUCUCCAGAGAGACUUUGAGGCAGGUGCUGGGGAUAAAGAAAAGAAGCCAAUGUGCAUGAACCCUCUGUCCAUUUUAGAAGCUGUUAUGGCUCACUGCAGGAAAAUGCAAGAAAGGAUGUCAGCUCAGUUGGCUGCUGCUGAAAACAGACAAAAGAAGUUGGAAAUAGAAAAAUCUCAAUUACAGAAUCUUGAGCUGGAGCACAAAAAGCUAUCUGCUCGCCUUGAAGAAGAACGUGGAAAGAAUAAGCAUGUAAUAUUGAUGCUAGUGAAAGAGUGUAAGCAGUUGUCUGGCAGAAUUGUAGAAGAAGCCCAGAAACUGGAAGAAGUGAUGUCAAAAUUUGAAGAGGAAAAGAAAAAGGCUACUGAAUUGGAAGAGUCUCUUGCAGCUGAGAAACAAAGGAGUACACAAAUGGAAGCUCAAAUGGAAAAGCAGCUGUCUGAGUUUGACACAGAGAGAGAGCAGUUGCGUGCCAAACUUCACAAAGAGGAAACACACACCAAUGACCUCAGAGAAGAAAGAGAUAAAAUGAUCAAAAUGAUUGAGCAAUUAAAAAAGGAGAAUGAAAGUAAAGCUAAUCUUUCUCAGAAGAAUAGCGACAGGAGUCUUGUUUCUGUUUCGGUUGAAACAGAAGAGCCAAGUUCAAGAACUGUUGCUUGUCAAACAGAGACUGUAAUGAUGGACAGUAGCAUGGAAAAUGCUAAGAAGUUGCCUUUGACUGUCUCUAAUAAGCCUUCUACAGUGAGCCCACUAGUGUCUGGCAAUUCAAAAAUGAAUGUGUGUGCCAAUGCAGCAUUUGUGAAGCCUGUCAUUGAUAGGCAAUCUUCAUCUAGUGAACUUGUCCCUCCCACGACUCCUGUUCUUGCACAGAAUCAAAACAGAAUUGAAGAAAAUGGACCAAGUACAGGCUCAUCCCCUGAUUUAUCAAGUAGCACUCCCCCUUUUUCAAAUAGUAAUUCCCUUUGCACCCCUACCACACCAACUGCCACAGCUCAGAAUUCCUCUCUCUCUUCUUCUGUACACAGUUUGCAUUCACCAUCUGCCAACACUACUGGCCAUCCGGGCCUUAAUCCACGAGUCCAAGCAGCUAGAUUUAGAUUUCAGGCGAAUACAAAUGAUCAAGACCAAAAUGGAAACACAACCCAAAGCCCUCCCUCAAGGGAUGUAUCCCCUACUAGUCGUGACAACCUUGUUGCCAAGCAGGCAGCUCGGAAUACUGUUACCCAAGUUCUUUCCAGAUUUACAACCCCUCAGAGCAGCACUCCCUCACGGCCAGGUACAUCACACUCCGUGGAAGCUGGCAGUUACCCCUCAGUUGGUAGAAUGACUUUAAAGACUCCAAGUGUACCAAGAAUUGACAGAGGAAACCCUCCACCUAUUCCUCCUAAAAAACCAGGGCUUUCACAAGCUCCCUCUCCACCACACCCACAGCUUAAAGUUUCAAUGGAUAGUAAUCGAUCCCCAAACACAAGUGCAAAAACUGACAACAAAACCGUGACCUCACCUCUUUCAAGUUCACAACAAGGAAUCAGGGUAAUAAAUGAGGAAAUUAUUUCUAAGUCCUCACCUCAGCUGCCACCAAAACCUGCUAUAGAUUUAUCUGUGGCACCUGCAGGCUGUGCCAUACCAGCCGUAGCCUCAUCUCAGGUGGGUGCCUGGCCUUCCCACUUUCCUGGACUGAACCAACCUGCAUGUUCAGAAACUUCCUUUGUCAUUCCCACCACCAUUGCCUGUAGCUCCUCCAUAAACCCUGUUAGUGCUUCAUCCUGUAGACCAUGUGAUUCAGACAGCCUCCUGGUAACAGCAUCAGGCUGGUCUUCCUCCCUAACCCCUUUGUUAACAAGUGGUGGUCCUGUCCCCCUGGGUGGCAGGCCCACCCUUCUUCACCAAGCUGCUGCCCAGGGAAAUGUCACUUUAUUAUCAAUGCUGCUUAAUGAAGAAGGACUGGACAUUAAUUACUCUUGUGAAGAUGGCUAUUCUGCCUUGUAUUCUGCUGCUACGAAUGGACAUACAGAUUGUGUGAGAUUGCUGCUGGCUGCAGAAGCACAAGUUGACGCUGCUGAUAAAAAUGGCUUUACACCCUUGUGUUCAGCAGUUGCUCAGGGACAUGUCAAGUGUGCAGAAUUAUUAAUUAUGUAUCAGGCUGAUAUUAACCAUGCUGCUGAAAGAGGACAAACACCUUUGUACCUGGCCUGUAAAAAUGGAAAUAACAAUUGUAUUAAACUAUUGUUGGAAGGUGGAGCGGAUCGAACAGUAAAAACCAGUGAUGGCUGGUCUCCAAUUCAUGCAGCAGUGGAUUCUGGUAACGUUGAAAGUCUUAAGCUCCUUAUGUACUAUGGAGAGCCAAACAAUGGGAACUGUUUGAUGGAUGCAGAGCCUAAUUUAGACUACUUUGAUUUGGAGAAGAGAGAAGAUGACUAUAGCAGUAGAGUAAAGCCUGUUGUUUCUGCAGAUCUCAUCAACCAUGCUGACAAAGAGGGUUGGACUGCUGCCCAUAUAGCAGCAUCAAAAGGCUUUAAGAACUGUCUAGAAAUCCUUUGUAGCCAUGGUGGACUAGAGGCUGAGAGAAAAGAUAAGUGUAAUCGAACAUUGCAUGAUGUUGCUACUGAUGAUUGCAAACAUCUCCUAGAAAACUUAAAUGCUCUUAAUGUACCUGUAAGGAUUUCAGUCAGUGGCACUGAAGCAGUCCAUUUUGGUACAGAGGAAUUUGAUACAAUAUGCUCUUUAAAUAUCCGCAAGCAGACGUCAUGGGAUGAUUUUUCAAAAGCAGUGAGUCAGGCAGUGACAAACCAUUUCCAAGCAAUCACUUCUGAUGGAUGGAGGAGCCUGGAAGAUCUGUCAUUUAAUAGUGCUGCAGAAUCCAACAUUGGCCUCAGUGCAAGCAGCAUACUUUCUGUCAAACUAGGAAACAUUUCAUGGUCAACAGGUCAGGUCUUUUCCCAGCCACCAUGGGACUUUUUGAAGAACAAUAGAGCUGAGCAUAUCACAGUGUUUUUGUUUGGUCCUCAAGAAGGCUGUCUAAACAGUGUGACUUAUGCAUCCAUGAUCCAUCUUCAGACACUUCAGAAUUAUCUCCGCCUGGUUGAACAAUACCGUAAUGUCAUUUUCCAUGGUCCAGAAGGAAGUUUGCAAGAUUAUAUAGCACAUCAGAUAGCAGCCUGCAUGAAGCAAAAGCAAGUGGCUGCAGGAUCUACAUGUGAGAUUGUUAAAGUUGAAGUGGAUGCUGGUUUCUCCAAGGAGCAACUUGCAGAACUGUUCAUCAGUAAAGCUUGUCUGAUCCCAGUGAAACAGCCUCCUGUAAACAAGACAACAAUUGUGAUUUUAGAAAAUCUGGAGAGAGCUUCUUUAUCUGAAUUACUCGGAGAUUUUCUAGCACCUCUUGAGAAUCGGAGUUCAGAAAAUCCCUGCACUAUUCAAAGAGCAAAUGGAGUUUCUGGUGCUUUUUACAUCCAUGAGAACUGCUUCUUACUGGGGACCAUCGCAAAGUGCCAUCUCCAUGGCUCUGACCUGCUGGUUCAGCAGCAUUUCCGCUGGGUUCAGCUGCGAUGGGAUGGGGAGCCAAUGCGAGGCUUGCUUCAGAGGGUUUUAAGGAGGAAAGUAAUAAACAAGUUCAGAGGCAGAGUUCCUCCUCCAUGUGAUCCUGUGUGCAAGAUCAUAGACUGGAUUCUUGCUGUUUGGCACCAGCUGAACUCUUGCUUAUCACGGCUCGGAGCUCCUGAAGCCCUUAUGGGGCCAAAGCACUUCUUCUCCUGUCCUGUGGUUCCAGGGCACAGCCAAGCAACAGUCAAGUGGAUGUCCAAGCUAUGGAAUGCUGUGAUAGCUCCCCGAGUACAAGAAGCCAUACUCUCCAGAGCCUCUGUGAAAAGACCAUCUGUACCAGGACAAGCAAUAGCCAGAAAAAAUCCUAGCCAAGGGCAACAGGCUGUUGUUAAAGCUGCUCUCAGUAUCUUGCUUAAUAAAGCUGUUUUGCAUGGCUGUCCUCUACCCAGACCAGAGCUAGAUAAUUAUAUAGCAGAUUUUAAGGGAGGAAAUUUUCCUUUAUCUGUGGCUUCGAGCUACAAAAAUUGCAGUAAGAAAAGAAGUGAGAAUGCUUCUUGGAGAAAAGUGAGCACAAGUCCUCGCAAAAAGUCAGGCCAUUUGUCCUCCCAGUCAUGGCAUAAGCAGGAGACAAAUACUGAAGAUAUAAAAUCUAAGACUGUGUUGCAACCAAACUGUAAGAAGAGAGCUUCUCUCACCACAAAAUCUUCAGGGAAGGAUCAUUUGAGAACAUUAAAUCUGGAGCAAAGGCUGUCUAUUGGUUCUGACGAUGAAGUAGAUCUUGUGCAGGAACUUCAAAGUAUGUGUUCCAGCAAAUCUGAGCCUGAUAUAAGCAAGAUUGCAGAUUCUAAGGAUGAGUUACUGAUAUUCAGUAACUCCCAGAAUAUUUCUGUAUUUUCAGCAAGUGGUACUAACCCCAAAAAAACAACAGCACAAAAGGAUGGAAUGCGUCCUCUCAGCAGCAGUCGUACUGUGGAAAGCAGCAACAGUAAAUCAAAGACAGAUUUGGGUGUUUCAAGAGUUAAAUCUUUUCUUCCUGUUCCUAGAAGCAAAGUCACCCAGCCUUCUCAGAAUACUAAAAAAAAGCAGCAGCAGUAAUACAAGGCAAAUAGAGACAGAUAAUAACACAAAAAGAGAGAUUUGGAAUUUGCACAAAAAAGAGCAAAUAGAAAAAUCCAAUAAAUAAACCUGCCUAUCUUACAAUUUUUUAUGUUCAUAUAAUCUCUAUUGCAAAGAACCAAGUACUUAAAUAUGUAAAUAUUU